GUGACGUAGUUAUGACGCGACGGUCGUGUGGGCGUUUCUCUCGAUUGCUGCUGCAAGCGCAGGUGCAGCACUGAAGUUAGCCGCGUAAACAUCAUUUGAAUCGUCCUUUUCCCUUCAAUUUUUAAUUCUCCGGGCCUGUACAUUUUGAUAAAUAGUAAUAGACGUCAGUCGCUCUGCUGUCGGGGACUGCAGAGGCCCAGCAACAUGACUCUCAACCAGAACCAUUCGGAGUCUGGCGGAGUCAUCAUCAACAACAGUGAAAGCGUUUUGAUGAACCACGACAACGUGGAACUGAUCUUUGUGGACACGGACGGUCUUCUACCCGAGGCCUUCAGAAAGAGCAAAAAGGGCAGUGUCUACCUGACUCCUUACAGGGUGAUCUUUGUGGCAAAAAGUCGAGAUGCCCUCAGGUCCUUUAUGUUCCCUUUCUAUCUAAUGAAGGGCUGUGAGAUCAAGCAACCUGUACUGGGAGCAAAUUACAUCAAGGGGACCAUCGGUGCCGAGCCCGGAGGUGGCUGGGAGGGCAGCACAGGCUUCAAGCUCAUCUUUGCAGCAGGAGGCGCCAUUGAGUUUGGACAAUACAUGAUGCAGGUGGCCACUCAGGCUUCCAGAGGUCAGCCAUUCAGUCCUGCCUUUGGAGGAUGCCCUUUCAUGGCUAACGGGGCCUACGCUUUCCCCCCUCCCCCUUCUAACGGGGCAUAUCCCGCCGGACCUCCUCCGGGUUACGCCUACCCUGACGAACCUCCUCCAGGCGGCUUUUACACCAACCCUCCCGCAUUUGAUAACGCCGUAGCCUACAUGGCUCCGCCUCCGUAUUCAUCUGCUCUGGGUCAGCAGCCCCCGCAUAACCCUGAGGCCCCAUCUUCAGCUGCUGCCGAAGCUAAAGCAGCUGAAGCAGCAGCCAGUGCCGCUAGCUCUUCCACACUACCGCCUACUCAUGUGUACUUACCAGAGGACAAGCCUCCCCCCUACUCUCCUCCAGAAGACAAGAAGAACCAGUAGGCCUUCCUUCACUUCUACGUUGACCACUUUGAAAAUUUCAUUCCGCCUCGUCUUCCCCAAAAAUAUUCUCCAUUCGUUAAUUUUAAUUCCAGUACGUGCAUGACAUCAAGUACUCGUUGGAUUUAAAGUACUGUUGUCACGUAACUAACAUACGCUGGUACUUGGACAUAACGAUCCUUUCGACAUCCGACAUAAAAUUGGACUCAUCAUUUGUCUCGACAACAGAACAUGGAAAGAGUCAAAUCUCUGCCGCACCUCUCUCACACUGUCGUCGGUCACACGGUGCGUUCAGGAACAGCAUGCAAAACACAACCUCCCCACAUUAGAACCCAAUUCGUUACAUUAUUAUUAUUAUUCCCAUUUGUAUUUAUAAUUUAAUUGUUUUGCGGUGUGUAAUUGCCAUUUGUAAUUGUACCUGCAGUAUUUAUUAAGGAUUUGGCGUAGGUUUUUGAGCUGUCGAAUGAAUUAAUCAAAUUAUAUUGUAUUCUUAUUGGAAAGUCCGACCGUUUUGAUAUACAAACCAAGUCUUGGAACGAAUUAAAUUCGUAUGUAGAGAUACCACUGUAUUCAACUUGAUAUCGAUACUCAAAAAUGACUAGAAGACGUCCAAUCCGUUUGAAGAGGGAGGGUGGCAGCAAAUAAAUGUUAUUUCAGUGCCGUCAGCCAGUGCAUUAACAAGGAAAGUUCGAAAAUAUCCUCCCUACUGUCUAGAGUAGUGCAAAAUCAAAUUUAGCCCAUGACAACAAAUUCUUGGCGCUAAAACAAAUAUGAGUAUAACUAAUUUUGCCAUCAAAUAUGGUAUCCGGAUACAUUUCAGUAUCAAUACUUUUGACAAGCCUAGCUUGAACUGCUUGAUGCUGAAUUUACAUUUAACCAGAGGUGGGUAGAGUAGCCAAAUAUUUUACUCAAGUAAGAGUAGCGUUACUUCAAAAUAAUAUUACUAAAGUAAAAGUAGUCAUGCAAAAAAUGUACUGUCGUGCAAGUAAAAAAGGAUUCAGUGAAAAGAAUACACUAGUAAUGGGUAAAAUUAUAACUGCUUAUAUUUUUGUUGGAUUUUUUUAAACAAAGGUACUUUUUGCCGAGCACAAAGGUAUCUGUAUGGACUGUUAUUAUAAUGAUACUGUACAGAAAAAAAAUCUUAUAAAUGCAGCAUUUUUCGUCCAAAGAGCAUGACUGCCCUCUGGUGGAGAAAAUAGUUCCGCUUGAAUAGUAAAAAGUUUCUACCAUUACUAUUUUGAAAUUAAAAAAACCAUAUCUCCGGUUUUCCGAGGUCAAUCGGUGCCAAAUUAAAACUGGGAGAGAGGUUAAAAUCUGCGCUUUCGAGAAAUGUUGAGGGCAGCGCUCUAUAUGAAAUAAUUUUUACUUAUUUUUACGGCGCUUUAAAGGCACCAAAUGACUGAAAAGGCUAGCGUGAAGCUAAAACGGCAAGCUUGCGUCUGAUUGGUAGAAUGGAGUCAUGUGAUUACUGUUGCGAAGUCUCAUUGGUGAAAUCGGUACUACCCCGGAAAUACAGUAGGCACGUCUCUACUCUUGGUAUCGGCGGAAAAAUAAUAAUUAUGUAGAAUAAAGAGGAAAAAUGUAACGACUCUUGUGUAGCCCAAAGUAGCGCAGUGAGAGUAGCGUUUUUUCGUCACAAAUCUACUCAAGUAAAAGUAAAAAGUGUAACUUCGUAAAACUACACUUAUACAUUUUUCUCCAGUUACCCAAGCAAAUGUAACGGAAUACAUGUAACGCGUUACUACCCACCUCUGCAUUUAAUAUAUCAAAAAAGCAAGAGGGGCAGAUAUACGAAUACCGUAAUUUUUGGACUAUAAGCCGCUACUUUUCCCCCUCAUUUUGAAUCCUGCGGUUUGUAUUGCAGUGCGGCUUAUUUGUUGAUUUAUUUGGGUUAAUGGGUAACACUUUAUUAGAGCAGUGUCGUAAGACUGUCAUGAGACGUCAUAAUUACACCAUGACACUGUCAUAGGCAUUAAUGAAUGCUUAUGGCAGAUGUCAUUAAGUGUCUUGCGGCAAAUUUUCUCACCAACUCUAUUAUUUCCAUCUCUGAUCUUUUACAUUCAUUCAAAAGUGAGAUCGUUUUUCGAAUGACACUAUAUGACAUCUGUCAUAAGCAUUCAUUAAUGCUCUUAAUAGUGUCAUGCCAUAAUUAUCAUUGUCUUAUGACAGUCUUACAGCGCCACUGUCAAAUAGUGUUACCAAAUACCAUGAAUGGCAAUUAAUAAAACAACUGGAACAGUAACUAAAGAAAUAAUUAGCACAUAACAUGGAUUUUAAUUGUUAUUUACAUCUGUAGUGCUGCAAUGCAUGCUAGGAGGCAUGUUGGACGACAACACUGUUGACAGCAGGUGGCAGCAGAGGUUGAUCGACUCCGCCAAGGGAGCAUUGAUGGCCAAAUUAAGCUUCUUGAAGCAUGGUGGUUCAUUUGGUCUUAUGACAGUCUUAUGACGCCACUGUCAAAUAUUACUGGUUAAAAUCUUUUUGUGUAAAUAUCCCUUAACAGUGAGGACAGCUGCGGUUUAUAGUCCAGUGCGGCUUAUCUCUGAACAAAUGCUGUUUUCAUGUCAAAUUUAGUGGGUAGCGGCUUUUAGAGUGGUGCGCCUUAUUGUCCAAAAAAUUACGGUACAUAAAAAUAGUAAUAAUUUAACAUUUUUAAAAAAUCUGUACUUAGGUGUAUAUUUGUUAAAUGUAAAUUCAGGCUGUAAGGGAUUCAAUACUGAAGACUGAGUCAGUGAGGGUUUCAUUUGUCAUUCUCAAUGUUGCAAGAUUCUCUCUAUCUUUAAUCAGUUUUGCUUUGAUUUUGGUAAUCUACAGUACAGUAUGCCUAACAAUCCACAAUGACUGAAUUUUAUGGUACAGUUUUACCAAUCUAAUGAGCUUAGUAAAGUUGUUUAUUUUUAUACCAUUUAACUGUACAUAUUUUGGAAAUUAUAUGAAGAUUGUCAGACAUUUCAAGGGAACGCCGACAAAUGGCGUAGGAUGAAGACUGCAUAGAUGAGUCAAUCUGGCAGUGAGUCUCUGAUCCAGGAUUAAAAUCAGUCAAUCACAGGAUGGAUUAUUUUAAUCAAAAGUGGAGCUGUCACCAUUUUAGACCGUUUACAAAACACAAGACUGCAUUGGUAACAUUAUCUUGAUCAUAAUCUCUGUUUGGAUUUCAAAUCUUGUGUUGGCAAUCGCGUGCACUUCCUGCUUUAAUAUUUAAUCUAUGUAUUGUAUGUGGAACCUAGCCAGAUCUUGGGCUUGACAGUACGAUAAAGCUUUAUAAUAAUGAACCGCUAAAUGCAACUAAUACCUUUAUUAAAUGGGUCUUGUUGCAUGUGUAAAUGUGUGUUUAUUUCAUGUCACAUGAUGUAUGGAUAUUUACACACUGGUCUUAAUGGAUUGUCAUGCUUCAGUUUAGGCCAGGGGUCGGCGACCUUUAACACCCAAAGAGCCAUUUCAACUUGGUUUACACGGAAAAGACAACACCGGGAGCCGUACAUACUUUUUGCCAUCGCAAACUAAGAUGUAAGCCAAGGGUUGGGGGAUCCAGUCAGGCUCGCUUUUUAUACGCCUUUAUUCACAAAACACUAACGCAGGUCAUUAUUUCACCAACUAUGUAAAGUCACGGUGUCACUUGGAAGGUAGCACCAUGACUUUACAUGGUUGUUGAAUUAAUGACCUGCAAAUUAAUAUAAAAAUUCAUUCGUUUGCGCUGUAAAAAUGUUCAUUUCUGCUGCUGUCGUUUUUGAGAUGUUAAUUCUUUGAUAGGUCAAUCUGAGGUCAAACAGCCCCCCUCAUUUUGAUGAAAAUGGGUAGAAACUGUCAAUUGUUUGUGCUGUAUCAACUUACAGAAUGGGCUUUAAAUAUCGGCAAUCGGCUGAAAAUUAUUUUAGAUAUCGCCAAUUGAAAAUCGACCUCUAGAUUGAACACUCUAAAUUCUCCAUAGAUGUGCAUGAAUGGUUAUUUGCCUGUACACUGCUGGCCAGAAGUAUUGGCGCCCAUGCAAUUCUGUCAGAUAAUGCUCAAUUUCUCCCAGAAAAUGAUUGCAAUAACAAAUGCUUUGGUAAUAAUAUCUUCAUUUAUUUAGCUUGUAAUGAAAGAAACACAAAAGAGAAUGGGGAAAAAAAAUCAUCAUUAUGUUCAAAACUCCAAAAAUGAGCCAGACAAAAGUAUCGGCACCCUCAGCCUAAUACUUGGUACCACAACCGCUUCCGGUAUCCAUCAAUGAGUUUCUUACAAUGCUCCACUGGAAUUUUAGACCAUUCUUCUUUGGCCAACUGCUCCAGGUCUCUGAGAUUUGAAGGGUGCCAUUUUCAUAUCUCUCCACAGGUGUUCUAUGGGAUUCUGGUCUGGCCACUGUAGAAGUCUCCAGUGCUUUCUCUCAAACCAUUUUCCAGUGCUUUUUGAAGUGUUUUGGCUCAUUGUCCUGCUGGAAGACCCAUGACCUCUGCGGGAGGCCCAGCUUUCUCACAAUGGGCCAUGCAAAAUUUGUUGGUGGUCUUCAGACUUCAUAAUGUCAUGCACACAGUCAAGCAGUCCAAUGCCACCAGUAGCAAAGCAACCCCAAAAACCGUGUUCUUUUCUUUGAAGGCCUUGUUUCCUGCCCCCCGUAAGCUCUACGUUGAUGCCUUUUACGAAAAACCUCUACUUUUGCCUCAUCUGACCAGAGGACAUUCUUCCAAAACGUUUUUGGCUUUUUCAGGUAAGUUUUGGCAAACUCCAGCCUGGCCUUGUUUUAUGUCUCUGGGUCAGAAGUGGGGUCUUCCUGGGUAUCAGUCCCUUUUCAUUCAGACGCCGGCAGAUAGUACGGGUUGACACUGUUGUACCCUCAGACUGCAGGACAGCUUGAACUUGUUUGGAUGUUAGUUGAGGUUCUUUAUCCACCAUCUGCACAAUCUUUCGUUGAAAUCUCUUGUCAAUUUUUCUAUUCCGUCCACAUCUAGGGAGGUUAGCCACAACACCGUGGGCUAGACACUUAUUGAUGACACUGCGCACGGUAGAGACAGGAACAUUCAGGUCUUUGGAGCUGGACUUCCCGUGCUUCCUCACAAUUUUGCUUCUCAAGUCCUCAGACAGUCUUUUGGUCUUUUCUUCAUGCUCAAUGUUGUACACACAAGGACACAGAUUGAGUCAAAUUUAAUCCACUUUAACUGGCUGCAAGUGUGAUUUAGUUAUUGCCACCACCUGUUAUGUGCCACAGGUACCGUAAUUAACAGGUGCUGUUAAUUACACAAAUUACAGAAGCAUCUGGCCCGUUUUUGGAGUUUUGUGUAAAAUGAUAUUUUUUUCCCCCAUUCUCGUUUGUGUUUUUCAUUGCAAGC